AUGACCAGCAGCGGGCCCUCCCACAGCACCUUUGCGCCCGGCCUGCUCUCGCUGCCCCCCGACCUGCUUUUGGCGAUUGCGACAAAGGUCUCCUCUCAGCUCGAUCGCGUGAAGCUGAGCAUGGCUUGCCGGGCGUUCCAAGCCAUCAGCCUCAGUUGCUUCACCGAGCUGGAGGUGGACCUGGAGGAUAUGAUGGGUGCGGCGUUCGACAGGCGCACCGCCAUGAUCCAGCAGCAUUCGCUCAGGUCUUGGGUGAUGCGCCGGCGGCACAGCAUCCGCAGCCUGUCGGUGGCCUUCCCCGGCAACGAGAGCCUGGAGGGCAACCUGUGCCUCAUGCCGCUGAUCUGCGCGCUGGCAGCCACCCUGGCGGAGACCGGCCUGCAGCGCCUGCGCUACACCUUCACCUGCGAAGUGCCGUGGAUGGAUGCGCUGGUGCCGCUGGGGCCCUCGCCGCUGCGGGAGCUCACCAUCUGCGACUGCCACCUGCCCGAGCUGCCCCAGGCGCUGACCACCCUCCCCUGCCUCACCUCGCUGGAGAUCGGGGUGUGCCAGGGCUUUGCGGAGCACCUGGGCGGCGUGGAGGGCAUGGGGGAGCUGUCGCGCCUCACUAACCUGCGUAGCCUGGCGCUCCACCACGCAGCCUUCGGCGCGGCCCCAGGCAGCCUCUCUGCCCUGACCCGCCUGACGGCGCUCGACCUGGCACACAACGUGUUUACUUCUUUUGAAGGGGUGGAGGGCUGGAGCACGCUGACCAGCCUGGCCCGCCUCGACUUGAGCAGCUGCGAGGAGAGUCUGGCGCAGGUGCCAGACGUGUUGCAGCACUUCACCUCGCUGCGGACGCUGCUGCUGGCGGGCAACAACAUCGACGCGCCUGUGGAUGCGUUUGGCGAUGAGUUUGGCGUCGAGCAGCAGCACCCGCAGGGCGUGCCGCUGGCCCUGUCUGCGCUGAGGCAGCUGGAGGAGCUGGAUCUUCGGGGCAACUACUUUGUGCGACAGAUGCCGCAGGCGUUUCUGGGCCUUACCAGCCUCACCAGGCUCCUGGUGGGACCCAGCUUUGGAGGCCUCGCUGCCGGACCGUACCUUGCAAACCUGCAGGAGCUUUACGUCGAGGAUGGCUGGCACUUCCAGCCGUCUGACAUUGGCGUGCUGUCCGCGGCGCCCCGCCUGCGGCGCCUGUCGCUGCGCCACCUGCGGGUGCCCACGCAGCAUGCGACGCCGCUGCCUGCUGCUGUCUGGCAGCUCCAGCACCUCACAUACCUCAACUUGAGCAAGUCCCAGCUGACCAGCUUCCCAGAGGGCCCCUACACGGCCAGCCUGCAGGAGCUGUGCGCCGACGGCUGCGCCCCGCGCUCGGCUGCCCUCAUGCAGACGCUGCCUGCCUUCCCUCUCCUGCGGCACGUCAUCUGGGCAGACAACUCCAAGCUGCCUCUCAGCGCCGUGCGGCACCUGCUGGCGCAGGCCCCGGGCCUCAAGGUGCUGGGGGUGCGUGAAGAUGCCAUGACUGCGCCCGCGCGCAAGGCGCUGUCGGCUGCCCACAUUGAAACCAGCACCACAUGGACCCAGAGCUUCUGA